CUCCUCGUCCUCGUCAUACUCCACGGGCCGGACCUGCUGCGGCGCGAGACGCACGGAGCGGAGAGAGCGAAUUCUGGACUCUGCGGGACAUGGGCUGAGCGUGGAGGUCGUGGAGAGGUACGACCUCGUGCCUGGAUGAAGCGUCAAUCUCGACGUCGCGACUGAACUGGACUCCUGGACUCUGAGUCUCCUCUGAACCUGGUCUCCUGGUCGUCUCCGACUCCGGUAUUCAGGUCUCCUUUAGUUUUUCGUAUUCUGGAUCGUGGUUCUCAAGUUUCUCGUCAUUAUCCUGCUACUCCUUCAUCUCCUGGUGUCUGAUAAUACCCUCGUCUCCUGCCGUCUGGAUCCUUAAAAUCCCGGCCUCUCAUCUCCUUGCCCCUGGAUCCGCGACCCCGGCAGCAAUGGUCCCCGCCUGGAGCUGGCGGGUCCUGGCGCUGCUGCUGCUGCUCGUCAGCUGCACCGCGACCCGGCGAGCAGAGGGGACCCCGCCACGAGAAGAGGGGACCUUGGAUGAGGCGGAUAUCUGGCCCGGACUGUCUCUGGUCUACUCCGCCUCCCGCUAUUGGCCUCUGGGCCGCGUGCCCGGGCUCCUGGAGGCGCCGGGACCACGUGACCCCACGGAGCAAGCCGAGGUGACCCCCUCGUCUCGUCUCGUGGAGCUCAACACCACGGCGGAGACGGCCGCCAACGGCUCCACCCGCUACUCCAGCCUGGAGGCCACCGUGGAGCUGGUGGACUGGCCCGAGGGCCGUGGGGUGCUGCUGCUGCUGCGUGGGAGCGGCUCCGCCACCGCGCUGCUGCCGCACGCGGCGCGGGAGGCGCGGGAGUCGUGCGUCAGCCAGCCGGCACUCUGCUCGCCACGAGGCGUCACGUUGUCUCUCUUCUGGAAGAGGACAGAGCGUGGCUCCCAUGCAGCGCAGCUCUCCUCCUCCUCCUCCGCUUCUUCCUCCUCCUCCUCCACCGCCUCCUCCACCUCCUCCUCCUCGUCCUUCCCGAGCCGCAGGCCGCCCUCCCCGAGCGGCUUCUCGAUCAGCGUGGACCCCGAGCGCGGCUCCGCGGAGAUCCUCACGUUCGUGGCCGCGUGGAGGUGGCAGGCCGAGGCACGAGGCCCCGGCGCCGUGUGGUCCCACCUGCUCUUCACGUGGAGCCGGGGCUCGGGCCUGCGGGUGUUCGUCAAUGGGACCCCCUCGGCCUGGGACCCCCGCGGGGCCCCCUGCAGGGGGCGGUACGGGGCGAGCCCUGGGGGAGGGCUCGUCCUGGCGGCCGGGAGUCCCCCCUCCCCGCUGGGGGCGCCGGCGGGAGACGUCGCGUUUGACGAGGUGAUCGUGUGGGAGAGGAGGCUCACAGCACGCGAGGUCCGGCUGUACUUCACCGCGGCGACUGGAGCGGACGCGUCUCUCGCCGCGAAGCCCGGAGCGACGCUCCCCACCGCGGAGCCCGGCGGCCGAACGUCGCCUCCGGGGGCAUCUCGGGGUCUCCCCGGUGGUUCGGGGCAGCUCAGCCAGGAGGGGACAGCUGCACGGUUGGGGUCGGGGCGGGCCCCAGGGGCCGGCAGGGAUCUGGGGCACUUGGGAGCCCUGGUGCCCAAUCUCCCGGACGCUCACGCCAUCAGCCCUGACGUGGCGCGUAACCUCACCCAGAGUUUCCUGGGCUCGGUGGAGGACGUCCUCCUUUCACCCGUGAUGGCGCAGUUCUCACAGGCCGGCUCGGUGGUGAGCGGGCUGCUGCUCACGGUGGAUGAGGCGACGAGUCGCGUGGCCUCGCGACUCGGCUCCUCCUCGGGCGGCCCCAUCACGAUCCGCGGGCGCACCGACUCCGCCGACUUUGCUCUCGUCAAGGUCCCCGGCGCGUGGCACCUGCACGAGUACCGCUUCCCGGCGCACGGCGCCAGCUACAUCUUCAUCCCCGGCACCGCCUUCCCCGCACGCGAGGAGCUCACCAUCGUGGGGCUGCUCUACCACUCGGUGCACCGGUUCUACCGACGCAUCUCUCCCUCCCAAACCAGGGUGUCGGGUGCCCUCCAGGAGGACACCCACCGACUGGAGGUGGUGAGUCGCAUCAUCUCCCUCAAGACCCAGCCGCCCCCGCGCCUCUCCUCCUCGCUCUCCGGCUCCCCACUCGUCACCGUCGUGCUCCUGCACGAGCGCGAGAUGGACGCCUCUAACAGCUCGCUACGUGUGCAGCUGUGGUGCGCGUUCCUCGACUUUAGCUUGGAGCCCCAGGGCGUCUGGUCCAACGCCGGCUGCGCCAGGACCCAGGGCAACGGCUCCUUCUCCGUGUGCAAGUGCACGCACCUCACCAACUUCGCCAUCCUCAUGCAGGUCACGCCGCUCCAGCUGUCGGAGCACCACCAGCGAGCCCUCUCCACCAUCAGCUACGUAGGCUGCGCCAUCUCGAUCACCUGCCUGUGCAUCACCCUCAUCACCUUCGCCAUCCUCUCGUCAGUGAGCACCAUCAGAAACCAGCGCUACCUCAUCCACGCCAACCUGUCGCUCGCCAUUCUGCUGGCGCAGGUCUUCCUGCUCAUCAGCGGCCACUUCUCUCCCGGCACCUUGGGCUGUAAGGUGCUGUCGGUGCUGCUGCACUUCCUCUACCUGAGUGCGUUUGCGUGGAUGCUGGUGGAGGGGCUGCACCUGUACAGCAUGGUCGUCAAGGUGUUCGGCUCUGAGGACAGCAGCCAGGCUCUCUACUACGGCAUCGGUUGGGGGGCCCCUCUAAUUAUCAGCAUCGUCUCCGUGUCGUCGGCGCUGGGCAGCUACGGCGAGGAGAGCAACUGUUGGUUAUCCAUCACGGGCGGCGCCAUCUGGGCCUUCGUGGCGCCCGCGCUGUGUGUGAUCGCGGUGAACAUCGUGAUCCUGGUGACGGUGACGCGAAUCAUCACUCGCAUUAGUGCCGAGAAUUACAGGAUGCACGGCGACCUCAACUCCUUCAGGCUCACGGUGAAGGCUGUCGCGGUGCUGCUGCCCAUCCUCGGCAUCUCGUGGCUCUUCGGCGUGCUCGCCGUCAACGAGAGCACCGUCCUCUUCCAGUACCUCUUCGCCAUCUUCAACUCGCUGCAGGGUGGAUUCAUCUUUCUCUUCCACUGCCUGCUCAACUCCGAGGUGCGAGCGGCCUUCAAGCACAAGACCAAGGUGUGGACGCUGAACAGCAGCACGGGGAGGCCGAUCCGGCCCCUCAACUCCGACGUGCUGAAUGGAAACCGCACGGGAAUCCCCAACACCAAGCUCAACAUGACGGAGAAGAGCAGCCAGCUGCUGCACAACACGGACAACCGCACCGACCCCGCACAGCCGUGACGACACUGGCGGUGC